UUGAAGGGAAAAUUCAGCCGAAUUUUAAUGCACUCCUCACGUCCGCAUCUCCGGAAACUUCUUUUAGUUAUAGAAUCUUUUUGCUAUUUUUAUUUUUUCCAAACCUCUUUCUGCGUAACCAAACAACUAUUAGCCAUAAAGAACGAGAGACAGAGAGCGAUCUAAAAGACUUCGUCUUCAACGUUUAACUGUUCAUUUGUUCGAAGAUGUCGUAGUCUAGGAGGUCAAGGUAUUCUCGUUCUCCUUCCCCGUACAAGCGAUACAGCAGGUCUUUCUCAAGAUCUUUGUCAAGGGCAAAGAGUCGUUCGAGGAGUUCUGAAAGUGACGUUGAAAAUCCUGGGAACAAUUUGUAUGUGACAGGCUUGUCGCCUCAGAUCACCAAGAGAGAGUUGGAGAAGCAUUUUGCAAGUGAGGGAAAUGUGAUUGAUGUUCAUCUUGUGGUUGAUCCGUGGAUGAGGGAAUCUCGUGGGUUUGGGUUUGUUACAAUGGCCAGUAAUGAAGAAGCUGAUUGCUGCAUCAAGUAUUUGAACCACUCUAUUCUUGAAGGACGUGUCAUUACAGUGGAGAAGGCGAGGAGGUGUAGGGGGAGAACCCCUACCCCAGGAAGGUAUUUGGGGUCGAGAACCAUUCGUGUGCGUUGUCGAUCACCAAGCUACUCACCUGAGCGAUCUCCUAGCUAUUCUCCUUAUUCAAGGAGCUGGAGUCAGUCACAUCGUUAUUCAUCUGAUAGGAGUAGGAGCAGAUCUUGCUCCCGUCGGCACAGGUUCUACUCACGUUCUUCCUCCCCAUAUAGCAGAUCGCCAGAUGAUGGCUACUAUAGAAGACGGGACCGUUCUUGCUCUCCUGAUGAUAGAUACUACAGAAGGCGUGAUAGGUCCUACUCACCCGAUGACUUUUACUACCAUAGACGGGACCAUUCCUACUCACCAGAUGACUUUUACUACCAUAGAAGGUGGGAUCGUUCGUACACUCCAGAGGAUCAUUACGGUAGGAGGUGUGACAGGUCCUACUGUCGAAGCCCUGCACCUCGGUCAAGGAGAGCUUCAAGGAGAAGUUACUCAUAUAGUGGUAGCCCCAAGAGAAGAACCAGCUCAAGGAGUUACUCACGCAGCACUUCCCCUGUAGAGAGGAGGUCAAGGAGGAGCUACUCACAGAGCAUAUCUCCGCCACCUAGGAAAAGCUCCAGGAGUUCCAAGCAGGAAUGGUCUAAUGACAGCUACCCCAGAAGUAGAAGUGCAAGUCGGACUUCCAGAUCUGUUUCAAGAUCAGUUACUCCUUGACCUAAUUCUUCUGCCUGAAGAAGAUAAUAAAGGAUUUCCAUUUUGCUUUAGUUCUUCGGUUAACCGUGACGUAUAUUGAACGAAUGCCCUAUUCUUGUAGUUUCAGGAGAACUUGAUGUUUUUCAAUAAUUGGGCUGGUUCAUCUAGAGAAGUCAUUUGUCAAAUGUCACUAGAAUUUUGCUCAAACCUUUUUUCGAUCUGGAUUUGAUCUUUGAUGAGUCGGCUACCCAAAUGUCUACCUGUUUGGCUUUUCAGGUAAAGGUUUAUUGCGUAAGGGAGCAGUUUAACAUGUCAACCACGACAUUCUUCUAACAGCCGCGCAAAUGUCAAGCAGUUUUCUCUUAGGCAUCGACCAAAAAGAGAAAAAAGUUUCGUCCGAGUCAACUGAAACCAAAACGUAAACUGUAUAAAAAGCCAUGGCUUUCGAUCAAUAAUAUGUUUGGACAAGAAUAAGAUUGCGUCAGACUCGAACAGGAAAAAAAAAAAAAGAUGGUUUCGGAGUUUCAGAGUUAAAAUCUAACGACUAGCUGCCACAAGCGACCAUAAUUGGCAUAAUCUACAACUUC